CACAAACACGGGCCUUUGAAGGGACUGAAAUGCGUAACAGAUCCGGCACUGAAAACACGGAUAUCAAGUAUGUCGUUCUGUCAUCGAGGCUUUUUCUAGUGUUAUGUUUUUUACUAACUUGGUCUGUUAACGCCGACAUGCAAGACGAGACUGACAUAGAGCCGACCUCUGGGAACUGGUCGUGGUGGCCCUCCUGGAGACCAACAUCCAUGUCGCUGUUAAAAAUAGCUGAGGCUAAAAUUCUUGCUUGUAUCCAGAGUAACGUUUGGUCCAGAUUUGUGACUUUGACAAAUCAAAACAAAAUAUGGACCCUUAAAGUGACCAACAAGACAGCAUGCAAACCUGCAGACAAAGUCUCUCAGACGCCUCUUGUAAUGGUCCAUGGGUUUGGAGGGGGUGUCGGCCUCUGGAUUCGUAAUCUGGAUGCAUUGAGUCACUCUCGCCCAGUCUAUGCUGUUGACCUAUUGGGCUUCGGGCGCAGUUCUCGCCCAUCGUUCCCAUCUGAUGCUUCAUUGGCUGAGGAACAGUUUGUCAGUUCAAUAGAACAGUGGAGAGAAUCACUGGGGCUGGAACACAUGAUCCUAUUGGGCCACAGCCUGGGUGGUUACCUAGCAACAUCUUAUACUAUCCAGUAUCCUGAGAGAGUCAGUCAUCUCAUCCUGGUGGAUGCGUGGGGUUUUCCUGAGCGACCCCAGCCUCAGUCACAGGGGUCAGGAAGUCAGGGGUCAGAGGUUAAAAGGGUAUCGCCACCUCGCUGGUUGAAAGCUGUAGCUUCAGUAUUCAGUCUCUUCAAUCCUCUGGCUGUCAUCAGAGCAGCAGGACCCUGGGGUCCAGGGCUGGUCAACAGAUUUCGUCCUGAUUUCAAGAGGAAGUUUGAAGAUAUAUUCGAUGAUGACACUAUGACACAAUACAUUUACCACUGUAAUGCUCAGAGCCCGAGUGGUGAGGUGGGUUUUAAAGCCAUGUCCGAGUCUUUCGGUUGGGCCAAGAGGCCGAUGGUGCAGCGUGUGAAUUUGCUGCCCCCGACGAUGCCCGUCACCAUGCUGUAUGGAGCGCUUUCCUGGGUGGACAGCUCCACCGGAAACAGAGUCGCUGAGAUAAGAGGCAAAAGCCCCACCAGUGUCAUUUUGAUUGAAGAUGCUUCACAUCACGUGUACGCCGACCAGCCGGACGAGUUCAACCGAGUGGUUCAGAAUAUUUGUAACACUGUAGACUAAAGGUCAACAUGAAUGUGAUCACUGAGCUAAAAGUCACUAGAGUGAUGGGAUGUUUGCUUGUGUGGACAUUUCUGUUUAUGAAUGAGGUCUGUCAAGACAUAGUUGCAGAGGAUCUUCGGUUCCCUUUUUGGUUGAACUAUCCCUUAAACACACUCAUUUUACUGUUUGUGGCCUUUGAUGUUGAAGGCUAAAGGAUUGUACUACUGAGUUUGAUGGAAUACGUUUUCAUUUGUGUAUUUUGUAUCCUAUAUUUUAUUCAACAUUUUUAAUGUGCACUGAGAAAAGCAUGCUCUUUGUGUCAUAAAUGCAUUUACAUUGUCUGGAGUCAUAUUGACUAAAAUAAGGGAUGUUUAAUAAUUAUUUCAUAAAACAUUGCAUAUGAUUGUCUGAUUUUUAUAACAUGCAUAUAAAAUACGUAGUUGCAUAUAUAACACUGUUUUGUUUUGUUUCUUUGAAAUAUAUAUAUAAUUUUUUUUUUUGUUUUUGUUUGAGCAGUGUUGUACUUUCUGAUUUGAUUGCGAUUAAUGACCAGUAAGAGGUGCUAGAUCCAGGAUUUUGCUUGUGAUCAGAUACUUUAGUUUAGCAGAGACUGUAUAUAAAGGUAUGUGAAACAUUUUGCAUUAGGCUGCAUACUGCAAAAUAGUACAAUUUGUUCGGUGGUAUGCUAUUCUGAACAUACCCUCAGUUACACAAAAAUGAUUCGCAUGCCAUUAAAACACAGGGAAAAUAAAACAGCCUGCCUGGGGGUUGUUUUUGUUAAGAUUGGUUGCAUAAGCAACAGGUGGAACUCAUCAAUGUGGAAGAUGUAUCUAAUGAGCUUUUCAAUGUAUCUGAUCACUUAUACUGAAAAAGCUGAUGACCUUCGCAAUUUGUGCUUUGAAGGUUUAAAAUAAAUUUUUAGGAGUAAAAAGGCUUUUCCCUUUGGAAUAUAAUUGCACAAGAGUACAGUAUAUUUUUAAUAGUACAAUUUACCAAAAUAGUAAACCAUUUUAAUAAUAAAGAUGCAACUUUUACUCUAGUAAUGACUUUUCUCAUUUAGUUAUGUGAGAUUAAUGCCGCUUUUCACAAUCCAGCCAAACAGUUUUCAUUGGUGAACCAUACCGAUCCGUGCUCA